AUGGUGACGACGAUCCCCACAAUGAUUGUAACUGGUAUUAUUUCAGGCACUUACUUCCUUACGCAAGAAAUUGAUCCAAGUAAGACUUUUGCAGGGAUUGAUCCGCUUUUCGUGUAUAUGGGCGCCACAGCUGCAUGCACAGGCCUUGGAUGGCUUGUUGGACCCUCUAUUGGCACAGCUGUUUGGAGUUUGAUGCACCGCAGCAAAGCCGCCCAAAUGGCCACGCGCGACAGGGAGUUCUUCCAGCACAUCCGUAAAAUGCGUGCUGAUCCUACCCGUCAAGUGAUGCACAAUCCUUUGCCUGAUUACUAUGGUGAGAAGAUUGGAUCCCUGCAUCAAUAUCGCAAGUGGCUUCGCGACCAACAAAUUUUCCGUCGUAAAGCCUCUCAUGGUAUCAAGGAUAUAGAGUAG